UAUCCAAGCCUUCGUUCCUCUACCUCUUCUCAGUUCUCCCUUGUCCAGUGGAUCCCGUUCUUCUCUCCAAACAAUGAACAAACCCAAAAACUAAACGAAGAAAAACAUGGCGACUGCUGUGUCCUCCUUCUCUCCUAUCGCUCAGUUCCAUUCUUCUUCUUCUUUUUCCCUCAAACGGACACAGUUUCUCAGAUAUGGCAAGAAACAACAACAGCUUCACCACAAAGUCUUCACUACCCCAACUUACCAAUCCACACCUUCCCGCUGCUCAACCGUUUCAAGAGACGACUCCGCCACAACGCCCGAACUCGAAGAAGACGCGGUCGAGAUUCGAAGAAGAGAGGAGGAGAAAUUCGCUGUUCUGAACACUGGAAUCUACGAGUGCAGAUCGUGUGGGUACAAGUACGACGAGUCCGCGGGUGACCCAUCGUACCCGAUCCCUCCUGGGUUUCAGUUUGAUAAGUUGCCUGAAGAUUGGAGAUGUCCAACUUGUGGAGCAGCUCAGAGUUUCUUCGAGAGUAAAAUGGUUGAGAUCGCUGGUUUUGCUCAGAAUCAACAAUAUGGACUUGGUGGUAAUCAACUUACCUCUGGUCAGAAGACAGCUCUGAUCUUCGGGAGUCUCUUCCUCUUCUUCUUGCUCUUCUUGAGUGGCUAUUUCAUCCAAUAACUGUUCUUGUUUUACUAUCAUGUUAUUAUUACAAUAUCUAUCAAUGUCAUACACCAUUUGUUCCGUUAUAAACGGAAGCUACAUUAUACAUUUGGAUUCUGCUA